UGGAAUAAUAAGCAAAUAAGUGCGCGCGGCCGCGAACUGUGUGCAGAAGUCAUCAGUGUGUGUAACGGCGCGUCGCCGGGUUGCCUCCAGCAUCACAGAGGAGACCAGGCGUUUCUGUGACUCCGUAACUCCACCGAGCAACAAACAGGAGAAGGUCCCAUGCGCAGCUCUCCCGCCGGGCUAUGCCUUCCCCUACUCGGGAGGACGGAGCAGCUCCAGCUGAGAGCCGCGGAGGGGACGGCCGAGGUCUGGUGUGCGCCCUGGAGAUGGAGCUGACGAACCGCAGCCUGUCAAGCAAGAUGGACUGCGUCAGCUGCGACGAGCUGAUAAAUCGAAACUGCGCGGACUCCCCAGAAGUUUCAGUGCCGCUGCCUCCCCUGGGGAAGCGGGUAACUCACAUGGAGGGAGACGACCUGUGCAGGCUGAUAGACAGAAAGUUUCUGACAGAGGACAAGAAACGCCUCUGCGCGCUGGCUUUGGGCACCGCUUUGGUGGGGAUCUUGCUGAUGAUAAUCCACGCCGAAAUAUGCCCUUAUGUUUACGAACCGGGCUCAAAAGUGUCCUUGGUAAUCAACUGCUCCAUAAGCCUGUCCACUGGGUGUCUCCUAAUCCUCAUCAUAGCCUUCCAUUACAAGGACAUCAGACUGUUCAUCAUUGAUCACAAGGAGGUGGACUGGAGAAUAGCUAUAACAAGUCACAGGGUUCUUGUGAUCACCCUGGAGCUGUUGGUUUGUGUCAUCCAUCCAGUUGGCUCGUACUGGGAGGUGGACCUCUACGCCAACUCCUCCUCCGCUGCUCCUCUCUGUAUUUCCAGUCACCACGAUAAGGGCCUGCUGGACAUGGAGCUGCUGCUGUCCAUGCUCAUGUUCCUGCGCCUCUACCUGGUUCACAGAGCCAUCCUGCUGCACAGCAAAGUGCUCCUGAGCGCCUCCUACAGGAGCAUUGGCUCGCUUAACAACAUCAACUUCACCUUUCGCUUUGUUCUUAAGGUACUGAUGAACAAACAUCCGGCACGUACGCUGCUGGUGUUUAUCCUCCUUUUCUGGCUCACAGCGUCGUGGAUGCUGACGUUGUGUGAGAGGCGGUCCGAGUCGCUGACGACGGGCCAAAUGGACACUGCCUUGUGGCUCAUCGCCAUCACCUUCCUCACUGUGGGCUACGGAGACGUUGCACCCAAGACCAGCUGUGGCAAAGGGGUGUGUCUCUUUACCGGUGUCAUGGGUGUUGCCUGCACUGCUAUGCUGGUGGCCAUCGUUACCGAGAAGCUGGCGCUGAACAAAGGAGAGAAGCAUGUUCACUUCUUCAUGAUGGACAUCCAGAUUUCUAAAAGGAUCCGGCAUGCUGCUGCUAAUGUUCUGAGAGAAUGCUGGCUGCUGCACCGUGCUAGCCCGGCGAAGGGCAGCCGGGACGAGCAUCGGCGACACCAGCGAUGUCUUCUGGAAGCCAUCAGAGUAUUUCGACAUUUACGCCUCAAACAAAGAAAACUGAGAGAUUAUGUCAGUGAGAUGGUGGACCUCCCAAAGAUGCAGAUGAUCAUGUGUGACCUCAGCGCCAACUGGAACAACUCCUAUCGAGAGCUGGAGCAGAGGAUUCUCUUCAUGGAGCAGAAGCUGGACGAGUUGACUCGCUGCUUCCAGCAGACCUCAGAGCUGCUAUUUGAGGUCCUACGUCACAGAAACCCUGAGAUCAGGUGACAUGGCUGCAAGCACUUUUUUUCCUCCUACAUGUCGGUGUCUGCAGCAUUUCCGUCUGCAGCACCUGCAGGUCCUGGCUGCCCAGAGCUGCUGGAGAACUGCUUCGGUAAACAUCUCAUCCACUGGCUCAGCGCUGCACACGCCGCUCAGUGACUCAUUCUGUAAAGUUACAGAUGAAUUACAUCUUCAGAAAGUCUGACUGUCAAAGUUUUUUGGGAAGUCUGCUGUGCUGUGUGGCAAAUGUAUUUUUGACAGUGCACAAAGAACUGAUCUAAAAGAACUGUAAAUUACAUUAUAUCAGCAAAGUUUGUCUAAACUGACUUUUUAUGAAUAAUUAUUGCUACAUUAUUCCUGUGGAAUUUGAGAUAUUUUUAGCUCUAUUUUAUUUUUUGUGGUAAUUUCUAUAUAAUUCUCUCUAGGUUUAAGGAAAACCUCAAAUUGCUUUUUUCCUUUAUUUUUGUUUACUGGUUAUUUCUGUGCUUUCUGUUUGCAAACAUUUAAAUUUUGAUAUCAUUUCUAACAAGUGCUAUGGUCUUAUUAUUUUUUUCCUUGCUCCCGAGCCAUUUUUCUAAGAUAUGCAUCCCAGAACACAAAAUGCAAGAUUAAUCACCAAGACUUAAGAGAAAAUAUUUAUUUAUUAUUUUUUACAUAAAUCAGUAGGAACAUAAAAAGCAGUAGCCACAUUUGAUACUAAUAUUGUCUGAUGAGAAGCUUGGCUUAGAGCUGCUUGAGUAACUCGAUGGCUCCAUCUAGUGGUCAAGUGUUAAGUAAGCAACGUGUUUAUUCGCGUUGAACUUAAUAAUAACGAAUCCAGGUCAGCUUGUUCCUUUCCCAAUUUGUUCAAAUGUUUUUCUUAAAAGCUU